UUGACCACACUGCGCAUGUGCAGUGUGUUUGUACCGCGUUAAAUGGCCUUAAAAAAUAUUUCUAGACUCUUUGGACUGACUCACCGGGUCGUUUCCUGCCAUACCGCCUCCUCCAGCUGCAGCGGACGGUUUAAGGUCCAACAUGACCGACAGAACCGGCGCUUCACGGUCACUACGGGCAGCAGCGGCAAAGGGGACAGUGAAUGCGCCGUGCUGUACUACAGGUUCACUGGGCAGCAGGAGGUGGACCUGAUGUCCACAUUCGUUCCUGAAACGUUUCGAGGCCAAGGCAUCGCUGCUGCCCUGUCCCAGGCAGCCAUGGACUUCCUGGUUGAGGAGAAGCUGAAGGCUCGAGUUUCCUGCUGGUACAUAAAGAAAUACAUUGCUGAGCAGCCGGAGCAGCAGUAUAAAGACUUCAUCAUCUCCUGACUGCAGCCGAUUAUUCCAACAAUCACUUGAUAAUCUGCACUUCCAGUGAGAUCUGAAUCAACUCUACAGGACCAGGAAUGUGUUGAAGCACAACUUAGAAAACCUCUGCAAUUCUUUUCUAAUUUAUUCAGAUAUUUGUACAAUUUAUUCUUGUUUGUAAGAUUUAAAUGAAUUAAAAAGAUAAAAUCAAA